GUCCCGCAGUCUCUUUCCCCGGCCACAAACGAGCGUGGGUGUCAACUCACAGUUCUUGAAAAAAAACUUAAAAAAUAUAAAAAUUAAAAAAAAUCAAAAUCUUUAUAAAAACUAGCGACAUAAUUAAAUACAAAAACGACUUUAAAAAAAAUCGAAAAAUAUUUACUUAAAAGAAAAAAAAAUACAAGAGUCCUCGGGCUUAACCCGAAGUUGGCGUCAACCGGCAGAAACUCUUAUUGGGGUGUCAUUCCUUCAGUUUAGUUUUUAGGGUUAGGAAGGUCCGGCCAAGGAAACUUCUUCACCCAUUAGCGAACCCAAGGUACUUUUAACAUUGGACACGGAAUACAUCAUCUGGUCUUCGUGGGAGAAAUCGAGUUCAUAUUCUUGGUGAACUUCAAGUUAUGAACACUGCGACAACCGGGAGUUAUCCAAUGGCUUCUCUCUAUGUUGGCGAUCUGCACCCCGAUAUCACGGAGGCUAUGCUGUACGAGAAAUUCAGCCCAGCUGGACCGGUGCUCUCGAUUCGGGUAUGCCGGGAUAUGAUCACCAGACGUUCUCUGGGUUAUGCCUACGUGAACUUCUCCCAACCUGCUGACGCGGAGAGAGCCUUGGACACCAUGAACUUUGACGUGGUGAAGGGGAAGCCCAUCCGAAUUAUGUGGUCCCAAAGAGACCCCUCGCUCAGGAAAUCCGGCGUGGGCAACGUGUUCAUCAAGAACCUGGACAAGUCGAUCGACAACAAGGCCCUCUACGACACCUUCUCGGCCUUCGGCAACAUCCUCUCAUGCAAGGUGGUGUGCGAUGAGAACGGCUCCAAGGGAUACGCCUUUGUGCACUUUGAGACCCAAGAUGCGGCCGACCGUGCCAUUGAGAAGAUGAACGGGAUGCUGCUCAAUGACCGCAAGGUGUUCGUAGGUCGUUUCAAGUCUCGCAAGGAGCGGGAGGCUGAACUGGGGGCCAAAGCCAAGGAGUUCACCAAUGUCUACAUCAAGAACUUUAGUGACGAUAUGACUGACGACCAGCUGAAAGUGCUCUUCGACCAACACGGUAGAACGCUCAGUGUGAAGGUAAUGACAGACCCCUCCGGCAAAUCCAGAGGCUUUGGAUUUGUUAGUUAUGAGAAACAUGAGGACGCCAACAGGGCGGUGGAAGAAAUGAAUGGCACAGAGGUCCAGGGCAAGACUGUGUUUGUGGGUCGCGCUCAGAAGAAGAUGGAGCGCCAGGCUGAGCUAAAGAGGCGGUUUGAGAUGCUAAAACAGGAACGCAUCAGUCGCUACCAGGGUGUUAACCUGUACAUCAAGAACCUUGAUGACACCAUCGAUGACGAGAAACUGCGCAAGGAGUUCUCUCCAUUCGGAUCCAUCACCAGUGCGAAGGUCAUGCUGGAGGAGGGCCGCUCCAAGGGGUUCGGCUUCGUCUGCUUCUCCUCCCCGGAGGAGGCCACCAAGGCCGUGACCGAGAUGAACGGCCGCAUCGUGGGCUCCAAGCCCCUCUAUGUGGCCCUGGCCCAGCGCAAAGAGGAGCGCAAGGCCCACCUCACCAACCAGUACAUGCAGCGCAUCGCCGGCAUGAGGGCCCUGCCUGCCAACGCCAUCAUCAACCAGUUCCAGCCCGCCAGUGGCUACUUCAUGCCCGCCGUGCCCCAAGUUGGGCAGGCGCAGAACAGGACCACUUACUACGCACCCAAUCAGAUGGCCCAGAUGAGACCCAACCCACGUUGGCAACAGCAAGGUGGACGGGGUCAAGGGGGCUUCCAGGGAAUGCCGGGCUCCCUGCGGCAGCCGGGACCCCGCGGCAACAUGAGACACAUGUCCCCCAACUCUAACGCCCCGCGAGGUGGCGCCCAGCCCAUGGGUCCCCGUCCCUCCAUGGGGGUCGCAGCUCCCCGGGCCAUGCCACCCUACAAGUACGCCUCCGGGGUGCGGAACCCCAACCCCCAGGGCGUGCAGCCAAUCGCCUUACAGCAGGCUCAGCCAGCAGUACAUGUGCAGGGACAGGAACCCCUGACAUCCUCCAUGCUGGCGGCCGCUCCUCCCCAGGAGCAGAAGCAGAUGCUGGGGGAGCGUCUCUUCCCUCUCAUUCAGUCCAUGCAUGCCAGCCUGGCAGGGAAGAUCACCGGCAUGCUGCUGGAGAUCGACAACUCAGAGCUGCUGCACAUGCUGGAGUCCCAGGAGUCGCUGCGCUCUAAGGUGGACGAGGCUGUCGCUGUCCUGCAGGCGCAUCAGGCCAAGAAAGAUGCCACACAGAAAGUCGGGGGCCUCACUUCCACUGCACCUGCUGCCUCCUCCUAAAGACACAGCGCUUUGUUGCAAUGAGCACAGACCAUGUUCUACACUGGAUCUAGUCUGCCAGUGGGAAUACUUCAGACAAAGGAUAAUGGAAGAACAAAUUUAAAAAAAAAACGAAAUACUUUUCAUUGCACUGUAAUAAUUAUGCCAAACUGUGUACCAAAAGCAUUAAUGCAAAUAACAGCCUGUUCUUUUGAUUCAAGGCCCUUAAAGUCAUGGCCAAGGACAGACUUUUUUCUAUAAACAGAAUAGACAUUGCUCUACUUCUUUGGUUGAAAGUUUUAUGAUUGACUUGGUUUAAUUUAAUUAAAGGGACGUCCUCAUCCCAACAUGUUAUCAGGGGUGUGAAGUGUUAUCAGAAAAAUAAUAUAGCAAAUUUACCAAUGAUGUGUACUUCUCAAUAAAAAACUAAUAUUGCAACUUUC